UUUAUGCUCUGCUAUUUUCAGUUUUUUAACUCUGGCUUUAUGUCUAAAUCCUGGAACCACACAAUGAUUACUCUUGUUCCCAAAAUCCAGUCCCCUUGUAAAGUUGAGCAUUACAGACCCAUUAGUCUUUGUUGUGUAGCCUAUAAAAUCAUUUCAAAAAUUCUUGCGUUCAGGCUUAAAAACUGUCUUUCUAGUUGCAUAAGUGAUAACCAAGCUGCAUUCAUUCCAGAAAGACAGCUCUUAGACAAUGUGGUGAUUGCACAAGAAGCCAUUCAUUAUUUGAAUAGACAUAGAUCAGGCACAAACUAUUUUAUGGCUAUAAAGCUUGACAUGAAAAAAGCCUUUGAUCGUAUUGAAUGGGCCUGCAUUAAAUCUGUCAUGUUAAAAAUGGGGUUUCACUUGAAAUUUGUUACAUGGAUCAUGUCAUGCAUCUCAUCUGCUAGCUUCUCUUUCAAUGUAAAUGGGAAUAAACAAGGCCAUGUCAUCCCAACUAGAGGGUUGCGUCAAGGAGAUCCAAUGUCCCCAUAUCUAUUUAUUAUUGUCUCAAAAAUUCUAUCUUGUUUGUUGAAGAACUCUGCUCUAAAUGGCAACCUCACCGGCCUCAAAAUCUCUAAAAAUAGUCCCCCAAUAACCCACCUUCUUUUUGCAGACGAUACUUUAUUGUUUUGUCUAGCCUCCCCUCAUCAAGCUGUUGAAAUUUUGAAUAUCCUCAACAGCUACUAUCAUAUCUCUGGCCAGAAAAUAAACCUUAUUAAAUCCUCCAUAUUUUUUAGCAAAAACACCCCCCCUUCUGUUCAGGCUUCCAUUUGUAGUAUUUUUAAUGGUAUUCAAAUCUAUGUGAUGGUGGUCCAGCAUAACCACACAAUGCCGGAGUUAAGGUUUGGCGCAGGGGAUUCUCGUGGAGUGCUGAUACCCCAUAAUGAUGCUUUGGUGGUGACGAUAGAGAUUGCAAGUUAUGAUGUGGAGAGAGUUCUUGUGGAUACGGGUAGCUCUGUGGAUAUCAUGUUCUAUAAAUGCUUUCAGCAGAUGGACUUGGGUAUCGAGAUUACCCCAAUCAAGACAUCAUUGUUUGGUUUCAGCGGGGCGGAGGUGGUGCCCCUUGGGGAGGUGCAAUUGCUAAUGGCAUUGUGGGCUCUGCCUUUGAGGAAAGUGAAGAUGGUGCGAUUU